AUGACUCAGAUGACAAACAUCAUAGAUUAUUCAUGUAAUUACUCAAAGAGAAUCUUCACUAUAGCUAUAGAUAUUGGUGGAUCAUUGGCAAAAGUUGUGUUCUCACCAUUGGAUUCAAACAAAUUGAUAUUUGAAACUGUGGAGACUGAAAGAAUCCAUGAAUUCAUUGCAUUGUUACAUUCAAUUGUCAAACAGUAUAAUUAUAAUGAUUACAAGUCUACUCAAAUAAUAGGUACUGGUGGUGGUGCAUUCAAGUUUUAUGAAUUAAUACAAAAUGAGUUUCCAAACAUUAAAAGUCUCUCAAGGUUCGAUGAGAUGGAAUGUCUAAUUAAAGGUUUAAAUAUGGUCAUCCAUGAAAUUCCUGACGAAAUUUUCACUUAUAAUGAUCAGUCAGGUAUCCAGAAUAUCGUCUUACCACAUGCUCCUCCAGAAGAAGAUGUAAUAUACCCAUACCUAUUAGUCAACAUAGGCUCAGGUGUUUCAAUAUUAAAAGCUGACAGUCCAAAUUCAUUUAAACGUAUCGGUGGUUCUUCUCUAGGUGGUGGAACCCUUUGGGGCCUACUUUCACUAAUUACAGGUGCAAGAAAUUAUGAUGAAAUGCUAGAUUGGGCUCAAAAAGGCGACAAUACCAAGGUAGAUAUGUUAGUUGGUGACAUAUAUGGUUCAGAUUACAAUAAUAUUGGAUUAAAAUCUACAAAUAUAGCUAGCUCUUUUGCAAAGGUAUUCCAGAAAAGAUCAAUUGAUAAUACUAAAGAAAAUGAAGAUGAUACUACGAUAAGCCUUACAACUUCAACUGAGGACAUUAAAGAAAGAAAAUCAGAUAGAUUCAACAAUGCAGAUAUUUGCAAAAGCCUAUUAUACGCUAUAUCAAAUAAUAUUGGUCAAGUUGCAUAUUUACAGGCCAAAAUUCAUAAUGUACAAAAUAUCUACUUUGGUGGUUCUUAUAUAAGAGGUCACCUAACUACCAUGAACACCUUAAGCUAUGCCAUCAAUUUCUGGUCUGAAGGCACUAAACAAGCAUUCUUUCUAAAACAUGAGGGCUAUUUAGGAGCCAUGGGCGCAUUCCUAAGUGUAGUUGAAUAA